UCCACGAGAACCCACACCUGACUGUUUCUGUACUACUGGUUCAGAGCAAGCGAACCUAGCCAUAUUAUCGCUGCAAACUUUUUAGGAAACCGCAAUUAUCACAUUUCUAAAAUGCCUCUGAAAUUCGAGCUUUGUCCUGGCAGGAUGAUUGGGGGUUCUAACCCCUGUUUUAUUAUUGCAGAAAUUGGACAGAACCACCAGGGAGAUAUUGAAAUUGCCAAGAAAAUGAUCAAGAUGGCCAAGGACUGCGGGGCAGACUGCGCCAAGUUUCAGAAGAGUGAGCUUGAGUACAAGUUCAACAAGCGUGCCCUGGAGCGUCCGUACACCUCCAAACAAUCCUGGGGAAAGACAUACGGAGAGCACAAGCGCCAUCUUGAGUUCAGUCAUGUACAAUACCUAGAGCUGCAGAACUAUGCAAAGGAGGUUGGAAUUUUCUUUACAGCUUCAGGAAUGGAUGAGAUGGCUGUGGAGUUCCUACAUGAGCUUGAUGUGCCCUUCUUCAAAGUCGGUUCAGGGGACACCAAUAACUUUCCCUAUCUGGAAAAGACUGCAAAAAAAGGUCGCCCCAUGGUGGUGUCCAGUGGCAUGCAGUCAAUGGAGACAAUGAGACGGGUCUACCAGACGGUCAAGAAACACAAUCAGAACUUCUGCAUCCUGCAGUGCACCAGUGCCUACCCAUUGGAGGCUGAAGAUGUCAACCUGCGUGUCAUCGCAGAAUACCAGAAGGAAUUCCCUGAUAUUCCCAUUGGAUAUUCCGGUCACGAGUCUGGGGUCCACAUCUCCGUGGCAGCAGUGGCGCUGGGGGCAAAGGUCAUUGAGCGUCAUGUGACCCUGGACAAGAGCUGGAAGGGAAGUGACCACGAAGCUUCUCUGGAGCCCUCUGAGCUGACAGAGCUGGUGAAAGCUAUUCGAUUGGUGGAGAGGUCUCUGGGGACGGGCAUCAAGCAGAUGCUGCCCUGUGAGAAGCCAUGCCAUGAUAAGCUGGGGAAAUCAGUGGUGGCCAAGGUGGCGAUCCCCAAAGGCACUGUGCUGAGUAUGGACAUGCUGGGGGUGAAGGUGGGCGAGCCGAAGGGCAUUCCCCCCGAGGACAUCUUCACGCUGGUGGGCAAGUCCGUCACAGAGGACGUGGAGGAGGACGAGAGCAUCACCCCGGAUGUGGUCGACGGCUACGGCAAAAAGAUCAAGUGCCGAGUGGAGUAAUCACCCUUGUAUAAUAGCCUACUGUAACCAUGAUGGAAGCAAACAUUCAAUGAAUCAGACUUGACUACAAGUGCCAAGUUGAGAAGAGGAAAAUACAAACUAGGUUCAGUAGUGACUGAAAUGAUUGCAUUCUAAUUGAAUGUUUUAACUGUUCACUUAUAAAUGAAAUGGACAGUAAUGUUAAGUUGCACUAUAAAAAUGUCAAAUACAAAACGUCAAACAUUAA